AUGGUGCUGAUUUGGAAAGAGAGCGACCGCUUCCAAAUUGAGCCUUGUACAGCUGACUCAAACCAUGACCGAAAAUACUCCAUCAAUUCGAUAUCACUUUCGCCUGAUGCACACUAUCUGGCCAUUGGCUACGGGACUCAACUCCAAAUCUGGGAUUUGGUUGAUAAUACGGCAGUUACUCCGAAGGCUAACGUAGAGGUCAACACCACGACCAAUUUCGCGAUUUGGUUCUCGAAUUCGCCAAGAUUAGUUACAGCUCAUGACGAAGGACCGGUCUAUGUCUUCACAAUCAAAAACCCAGGAGUUGACAUAGCUUACCACCGUGACAUUGGUGUCGAAAAGCCUGCCACAUCUAUUGCAAUUCUAGAUGAAAGAACUAUUGCAGUCGCACUAACGGAGUUUGUACAGAUUCAAUGGUUGGAUGAAGACCCCGAAGAGUCAGGCAGAUGGAAGACUAUAGCACAAAUCUCUCCUUCUCUUAACGAGGGCACAUCUGUAAGAUCGGUGCAUACCAUUACUCAGAAUAGAGUUCUGGUUUCAUGUAGUGAUGAACAAGCUAUCAUUUGGCAGAUCACCCGAGACUCUGUUGGCUCUGUUGAGCCUCAAGUUCUGAAUGUGUUUUUGCUUCCUGGUCUAAUUGUAGACUCAAUAGGAAACCAAAUAUUGUGUACGGAUCAUGCAUCCCGCACGUACAAAUCUUUCAAAAUUGGUGCAGGCGGUGUUGAACCUCAAGCAACCCUUUCUCCACGGACACGCGAUGUGUAUAAGACACCACAGCCAGCUUCGACUGCAACAUUUUUACCCCCUUACGGAAAUGCUAUAAUUGGUGGAGGUGUUGGACAGCUAAUACUAUUCGAUGAUCAGGGCAAUCGGUUACAGAAUCUCUCUUUCAAGGAUGAGAGUGAGCAAUGUUCAAUGGUUGAACAGGCUAAUCGAGCUUGUGUUGCGCCCCAAUCGAUUUCACAAUCAACCUUGACAACCGAGGCGAAGUAA